AUGCAUGGUAUGAUCAACCGAUUGGAACAGAGGUGCAAUGUUUUAACCACGGCCAUCCAAUCUAAUGACAAAGGGAAAGCUUUCUUAGUCGAAAAUCUUUUGCAGCGGACCGCAUCUCCUUUUACCAAGGAGGUGGCCGAUUUUGGUCUGUCCGAGAAGUUCAAAGUCCCAGAUGUUUCUUUCUAUACAGUUCUUGAAGAUCCCCUUGAGCACCUAGAGAAUUUUCGCGCUCACAUAGACCUCCAUAGGAAGCUGGAGAAAGUAGCUUGUCGAGCUUUUCCUCUGACCCUCUCGUGUUAUGCCCGAGAUUGGUUCAAAAAGCUCCCCCCGAAUUCAAUUAGCAACUUUGAUGAACUCAGCAAAAUGUUCCUGAUGCAAUUCAUGGUCGGAAAGGUAAGGAGGAAGCCAUCUGGACCCUGGAUGUCAUUACAUCAAGGCCUCGAGGAGUCUUUAAAGAUUUUCUUCAUGAAGUUCAAUCAGGCAAGGCUAGACGCAGAGAGCGCUACUGACGAUUUCAUCUACGGCGCUCUCUUCCAAGGAAUCAGGAAGGACGGGGCCCUCAUGGUGGACAUAGCUUGGAAACAACCACAAAAUCUCGAUGGCUUCAUGAGCAAAGUCGAGAAGUAUAUCAACCAGGAGGAGACGCACCGAGCUCUCCUGGGAUCCGACCCAAGCCGUACCUUGGCGUCCGAGCCUUGUAAGAAGAAGGACUCUCGAAAGGAAGAAUGA